AUGCGCGUCCAAAUCCGAGGCAUCCCCCCGUACAGCAGCGACGAUGUCGUCGUCUUGGACAACCUCACCGUAGCGGAGCUGCGCAACAGCCUCAUGGACAGAUUUAACAUCGACCCCGCUACGCACAGCAUCCGCCUGUUGUACCGCGGACGACUAAUGCAGGACGCCAACUCGGUGAGCAGCUACGGCGUGGAGGAGGGCAGCACGGUGCACAUCGUUGUGCAGCCCCGUCAGCCGGAGGGCGGCAACAGCGGAGGCAGUGAGGAGCACAGCGCGGGCCCGAACCAGCAACAGCAGUUCACGAUACCACAGUUCUCCUUCAGUACGGGAGGCGGCAGCGGCUACAACUACAUGUCAGGGGGCGGCUUCUCUUGGCAGCCAUUUGCCUCUACACUCGCCCAGUCCAUCUCCACUGCCUUUCAGCACCAACAGCAGACGGCGCCACAGGGGUGGUCGAUGCCAUCGGCGAGCCCUUCAGCGCCAGGCAACAGUCCGCACGUGGCCUUCUCUUAUGAGAUGGGCUCGAACGUGCCGAGGAACGACGGCACGGCCGCCGCUGGUGGUAGUGGCGGUGACACAGCUGCAGCUGCAUCCAACAGCGAUCCUGCGAUGGCUGCCACCAUGAACGCCCUCACCUCGCAGCUGCCGUGGCUCAUCUCAUCCGUCCUUUCCAACUCGCUAUACGGCAAUGCAGGCGCGCAGCCGCAGCAGCCGCAGCAGCAGUCAUCCACCGCAGGUGCGACACCCGCAGGCCAAGCCUCUGGCGGUGUGAGUGCAGGUGCCUCGAUGUCGCAAGCAGAGGCUCAGCAGCAGGUGGAGGUGGACCACGAUGACGCUGCUCAGGCGAUGACGGACACCGAAACUCCAGGGCAACGCGAGGACGCCACGUCUGUCUCGGCUCCACCGCAUCCAUCGGCUGCUCCUACGCCUGUCACUGUUGCCGGUGGUGCUGCACCGCAGCCCGUGUUCAACUUCACAGCCGCCUCGCCAUCACGAAUGGAGGUGUUUGUGGGCAAUCCAGCGCCACCGAUGCCGCACCUGCAGUACCCGCAGCAUCAACCAUCGGUCGUGCACAUUCAUGUGCACUGCACACCUGAAGAGCUGGACGCGAUACCGGAGCGGCUGCGACGACUCGCUACGCAGAUUCCAGUAGGACAAGUGACGCUGCAGCCGGACACAACAGAUCGUAGCAGCUAUCGCCAGUCCACGCAGCCGGAACAGCAGCAGCAGCAGCAGCAGCAACCGCGCACCACCGCUGCCUCCCAGGGGAACAACACCAGCACCUCUGUUGCAAACGACACGCAGGCGCCGUGGAUCAACGAAGCUAUGAGUGCCAUGCUGGCAACGCUUGGAAUGCCACAGCUGAUGCAACUGGCAGCGGGCAACUACAGUGUCCUCGCGAACCUGCGCGCGCUGCUGCAGGAGCAGGUGCAACGGCGGCUCAACGGGACGAACAGGUCUCUGGAUGCCAUGGCGCAUGUGGCCCAGCACGAGGCGAAGCAGCUCAGCGAGCGUAUCUUAAGCAUGCCAGUCGUGCAGAACCUCAUGACGCAGCAGACGGCAGCGGCGACGAGUGCCGGGAGGACCAUUGAAGAGGCGUCUCAGCGCGUGGGCGCGUUCAGGAGGGAGCUUCCACGUUACCUCGAGCAUUUCUACGUGGCGGUCAUGCAGCACCUCUGCUGUGCCUCGACGAACACGGCAGAGUGGAGUCGUGAGCUGCGCAACAUCGUGGUGCGCUACGUUGGCAUGGUCCUCAGCCGCUCGGCACGGUGGUUUGAAGAUGGCAGCCUCGCCUUCCAGCCCGCCAUGGCAAACAUUAUGCAGAUCCUCCUGCAGAGUUCCGGCGUGCUACAGCAGUACCCUGUGCUGCAGACCUUCUCCGCCAUGCUCAGCCCGAUGCUGCAGUCACUACUGGGUCAGUGGGAGCGAGAGUACGACCAGAACAUGCGGCGCAGCGACGACAACGUGCAAUUUGAGCAGGACGUGUCGCAGCCGUCGCCUUCGCUACUCCCGCAACCUCAGGCGCAAGUCGAGGGCCUCACCGUCUCCUCCGAUGGCGUGGCAGCGGCGCCGCCUCUAACCGCGGAGUCAGCCAGCGACCUGCUGCAAGCCUGCAACGCCAACAUCCUCGACAGCACUGUGAGCAAGCGCACAACCACCACGGACCGUGGCGACGACGACGAGGCACGCAUAGACGACGAUUUCGAGGAUCUGGCGAAGGAACUGAUGGAGGAUGCUGACAACAACGCGUCUCAGCCGGCAACGAAGAGGGUCACGCCCGACUCACGGCUGUUGGACACGCCAAACAGGGACCCGCCAGCGUCCGCCGAGAAAACUCCUGUGCCCGGGGAAGCAGCAGCGGCAGCGGCGGCCUCACAGGCCCACCUGACGUCCGCUGUGGAGGGCUGGGAAGACGCCUGCGACGUGCCGCACUCGGUCGCCGAGCGGGUGCGUGUCAUGGCGUCACGCUACGUUGGGGCGCAUGCGCCGCCGCCAUCGCAUGCGAGAUGCCCACAUUACUCGACCACGCGUGCCGAAAGUGAUGACUGGGUGAUGUGGGAGGCGAGCCCCUACCACCCCGCCGCCUCGCGCAGGUAG